GGGAGGGAGGGAGGAAGAGAGAGUUAGUGUGAGCUGGAGAGAGCCGGGGUGGGGGGUUGUCAUCGCCCUUUCAUUCGGAGCUCGCUUGCAGCCGGAGCGUUCGGGGGAAGCCAGGAAAAGUCAGUUGGUCCUUUAAGAAAGUCCUGGGCUUGCGUCGGUGCACGGACAGCUACUCCUUUUCUUUUCCUUUUUUUCCAUCCCCACUUUGCCUCCUAAUUUGGGAUUUGUUUGAAAGCCAACGAGAGGGAGAGGAAGAAAGACAGAGAGAGAGAGAGAGAGAGAGAGCGUCUGAAAGAGAGUUUCGCCUCGGUUGGGAAAGGGAUUUCUAUUCCCCAAAUAUUACCACAAAAUGUCUGAUUCCACUGUCAAUGCACACUUGGAGGGGAUCAUAUCAGACUUUGAAGCUCUGAAGAGGUCGUUUGAGGUGGAAGAGGUGGACACCUCCACGCACUCUUCACCCCUCUCCCGUCGGACCCACUCUCUGCGAUCCUCCAUGACCUCCACUGGCAGCCAGCGAUUCCAUGACCUGGGCUCCCGCAAUUCCGACCACACGUCCAAGCCACCCUCAGACAGCACCAACCAGCGCUCACCAAAAACAAACCUGCGGCGCGUGGAGGUGUCGGGGGGACGCGCCACCGAGCCACUGUCCCGCCGGACGGAGAUCUCCAUCGACAUCUCCUCCAAGCAGGUGGACAGUUCGCCCAGCCCCGGCAUCACCCGCUUUGGCCUGAGGAGGCCCGAGGUGCAGGUGCACCGGACCGCCCCAGAUGUCGCGCCCCACAGGCGGACGGAGGUCACCCUCAGCCGGCCCCAGAGCCAGGAGCCUCCGGUGGCCCCCAGGAGGGCAGAGCCCCCGUCUCCGGUGUUCGCCUCCCGCAUCCCCGAGCCCGGCCAGAGGAGAGUAGAGCCUCCCAGCCCUGUGACUGCUGACGCUCCGUCCAGGCGGAUGGACUUGAAUGCCAACAGUCCGCUGGAGACGCCUCCACCUCAGCCCAGAGAAGUGGAGACCAGCCUGCCCUCAGCGCCCAGCGAGGUCCCCAGCAAUAUGGAACACAGGCCCCAGCCAGCUGUGCCUGAGGCCCCCAUAGCACCACCUGAGAGGUCAGAGGUCAUUUCCAGCUUCAGCAGCAGCAGCAGCAUCAGCAGCAGCAUCAGCAGCAUGGCAGAGCCUGUGGUGCCCGAGGUGCCCCCCGCCAGCUGGACCGAGAAGCCCAGCGUGGUGGACUUCAGCUACGUGGGCAUCGACGCCAUUCUGGAGCAGAUGAGGCGCAAGGCCAUGAAGCAGGGCUUCGAGCUCAACAUCAUGGUCGUGGGUCAGAGUGGCCUGGGAAAGUCCACGCUGAUGAACACACUCUUCAAGUCCAAAGUGAGCCGUAAGUCAGUGAUGGGCACGGGCGAGGAGAGGAUCCCCAAGACCAUCGAGAUCAAAUCCGUCAGUCACGACAUAGAAGAGAAAGGGGUGAGGAUGAAGCUUACAGUCAUCGACACGCCAGGCUUUGGGGAUCAGAUCAACAAUGAAAACUGCUGGCAGCCCAUCAUGAAGUUUAUUAAUGACCAGUAUGAGCAGUACCUGCAGGAGGAGAUCAACAUCGACAGGAAGAAGAGGAUCCCAGACUCACGUGUACACUGCUGCAUAUACUUCAUCCCCCCCACAGGACACAGUUUGAGACCCCUGGAUGUGGAGUUCAUGAGACGCCUGAGUAAAGUGGUGAACAUCGUCCCUGUCAUUGCCAAAGCUGACACCCUGACCUUGGAGGAGAGGGACUUCUUCAAGAAGAAGAUCAGAGAAGAUCUUCGAGCCAACGGCAUUGAUGUCUACCCACAGAAAGAGUUUGAUGAAGAUGCUGAGGACAGGAUGAUCAAUGAAAAAAUAAGGGAGAUGAUCCCGUUCGCAGUGGUGGGCAGUGACCUAGAGUACCAGGUGAAUGGGAGGAGGCUGCUGGGAAGGAAGACCAAAUGGGGAACCAUAGAAGUUGAGAAUAUUGCCCACUGUGAGUUUGCCUACCUGCGGGACCUGCUCAUCAGGACCCACAUGCAGAACAUUAAGGACAUCACCAGCAGCAUCCACUACGAGAUGUACCGCGUGCGCCGCCUUAACGAGAACAACACACAUGCCAACAACGUGGCCGACCACCACCUCACCUCCCACGAGAUGUAGACACCAGCAGCAGGCCCCCAGUACCCCACCCGACUCCACCCAGCCUCCGUCCCCCCCCCCACCUCACCUACCACGAGAUGUAGACACCAGCACCAGGCCCCCCGUACCCCACCCCCCCGCCACCUCCCUCUUGUGCUUCUCCUUCCUCCUCUCAUCUCCUCUCUGAUUGGCCCACUCCAGAGCUCAAGUGCCGGCCCCACAUCAGCAAGGAUGAGAGCAUCGUCCAACGUUUUCUGUUUUGGAACAUUGUCGCCUCUGAAAGCCAAAACUCUUAUCUCGCCUACAGCAAUGCCAAACCACACACACAUAACCCCCCCCAACACACACAUACACCCCCCACACAUACACACAGUCAAAAAUUCACACCAUUGCUAUCAGGUGUAUCAUGUGUUUUCCUCUAUUGUCAUUUCUGUGUGUCUCAGCUGUAUGUGUGUGUGUUUGUCUCAGCUGUAUGUGUGUGUGUGUGACAGAGAGAAUGUGAGAAUGAAGCAGGACCCAGUGGAGGAGACUCAGCCACUAGAAACUCCAUUACCCAUGAUGCCCAUGCCAGUCGUUAGAGGAGAUUUAUGCUGUUCCCGUUUAGUUCCAUUUACCACCUGUGUGUGUGUGAUUGCACAGGAAGAGAGUCAAGUGAAGCCUUUUAUUUUCAUGCCAUCCAUCCCGUACUGGUCACUGUGAUGUCGGGUAGUCCCCUAGCUCACACACACAGUGGUUGGAGGGCAGGCUGUGUGUUCAGUCGUGUAGUCCCCUAGCUCACACACACAGUGGUUGGAGGGCAGGCUGUGUGUUCAG